GUUAAGACCAUUAGGUGGGCAUUUUCUUUGCAUCUGAAUAAGAACUAUCAUAGAAGAUGGAGGUCGGAAUUUUAUUUUUCCUUUUUCUCUUGGUAGCUUCUACUGAAGCAAGCGAGGAAGUAAUCCUGCAGCCAGACCAGCCCUCCUUACAGGUGUCUGUCUCUGAUACUGCCGAUCUGACAUGUUGUUACAAGUAUUCGGUCAAGCUCACUGUGGCAUGGAACCUCUGCGUUAUGAUCUCCCACAACCACAGCUAUGUCAUUCGGGUCAACACUUCAGAAAGAGUGGAAAUUACAGAAAUUACAUCUAAAAUGGAUGUCCACUGUAUGUCUUUGAAGCUAAAAAACAUUAUGGUGACUGAUACUGGCCUGUAUUUGUGUGCCAUAAAUCAAACAGCAGGCACAAAAGACACUUUUCUCUAUACACCCGGCACCUACCUGCAAGUGUUCAAGCCUAUGAGUAAGACCUUGAACAUCAGUGAGCAGGCGAAGAACAGUAUCAUCACGGCUGAAGGGGUUCUGCUGCUGCUGUGUGUGCUGCUCCCAGGAACCCUGCUCCUCUGCAAGUCAAAGGGUCUGGAUGAGCUGGAGAAAAGGAAAGGCAAAGAAGAAAAUAUUUAUGAGGGUUUAAACCUCGACGACUGCAAUUCCACAUACCAUCAGAUUCAGCGUUCUCAGGUGCAGGGACCAUACCAAGAUGUGGUCACUACUGUGGGAGAGGAUAUCCAGCUGGAGAAACCAUGACAGGAGAGUUUGGGGGGAGUGGAUGGGGGAAGAUUCUUAAGAUGGUCAUUCUGAAAAACAAUUACCACCAAGCAAAGGGUGGAAAUGUGGAAUGCUAUUUUAACUGUAUAAAGCAAAAGAUGCAAAUAAUAUAGCUAGUCUCUGUGGAGUACCAUGAAGGGGACUUAGUUAGCUACAAUUUAGUGUUUUUGCAUUUGUGUCAUUUGUUGCAUUGAUAUGAUUUAUGAUAUGCUCUGGAAACAUCAUUGCUUAAAUUAGGCUGGAUGAAUAUAAUAAAAAUCUGUUGUCAGUAUUCUUCA